AUGUCGAACGCCGAGCUCGCCUCUUCCUACGCGGCCCUCAUCCUCGCCGAUGAUGGUGUCGAGAUCACUGCCGACAAGCUCCAGACCUUGAUCAAGGCUGCCAAGAUCGAGGACGUCGAGCCCAUCUGGACCUCCCUGUUCGCCAAGGCUCUUGAGGGCAAGGACGUCAAGGACCUGCUCUCCAACGUUGGCUCCGGUGGUGGCGCUGCUGCCCCCGCUGCCGGCGGCGCUGCCGCUGGCGGUGCUACCGAGGCUGCCGCCGAGGAGGCACCCAAGGAGGAGGAGAAGGAGGAGUCCGACGAGGACAUGGGCUUCGGUCUCUUCGACUAA